AGACAUGCUUUGUAGACCAGGCUGGCCUGGAACUCACAGAGAUCCGCCUGCCUCUGCCUCCCUAGUGCUGGGAUACAUAUGUUUGUGUAUGAGUGUUUUGCCAGAAGAGAGUGCAGGAUUGCCUGGAAGUGGAGUCACAUGGCCAUGAGCCACCAUGUGGUUGCUGGGAACUGAACCCAGUGCUUGUAGCCAUCUCUAGCCUCAUGUUUCUCUCUCUCUUUCUCUUUUUCUCGUUCUCUGCUUUGCUGAGGUAUACCCAGUGUUGUCUCCCUUUUAGUGUGUAUGAUGCAGUGGCUUUUGGUAUCUUCGGAGUCGUGUAACUACCAACACAAUCAAUUUCAGAGCGUUCCAUAACCUCUAAAGGAAGCCCUGUUUCCCUGAGCAGUCACUCUGUCCCGCUUCCUGUCUCCGGAUUCAGUAUGGGGGACAUUUCCUAUCAUGGCGCCCUGACAACUGGCCUUUUGCUUGCAGUGCUUGCAGGGUCGCUCCUUGUUUUGGCGUCAUGUGUGGGAGCCCCUGCUCCUGCUCUUGGCUGUGUGAUGCCCUGUGUCACCUGUCCUUCAGCAGGUGGAUGUGGUCCUCCCACUUCUGACCGAGGUGACUGGUUUUCCUGUAUAUUUUCCUUUCUCCUGGAGUAGAGGCACUGAUCUCAGGGGACCUCGGUGAUGCCUCCAGGCCUUCCUGGUGCUGCACCUUGUCCCUUGGGGCUCUGAUGCCCCUCACCCAUUCUGGGCUUCCUUGUGGACUGUGCGCUUUCUUGUGAGAGGAGCUCCGCGUCUCCUCACCGUUCGUGUGUCUUUGGAGAGAUGUUCUGACAGCCUGCGACGCUUGCUAGCUGGACUGUUCUCUUCGCUCAGUGAGCAGUCUGCACACACGCACCACUCCAGAUGCGUGUUUUGUGGGUGUUUCUUCCCCGUUCUGUGAGUUCUGUCUCAUGCCCUGUCCAUCUGUUUGUCUGCUCCACGUGUAUUGGACUUGGGUGUCCAGGCUGUCCCAGAGUCUGUCUCUGAGGUCCCAGUUGUGUGCCUCCGACCCGUGCCUGUCUGUGGGCCCACACCACCCUGCUGAGAUCGGGGCUCUGUAGUCCUUUCUGAAGGCAGAAGCACCCUGUUUCAGGAUGAUUGCGGCUCUUCUGAGUGUCAAGUUUCCGUGUGUGUUUUUGGAAUCAGUUUCCACAAUUCAGGUGGCAUUGGUUAGGCCACUUCAGAGGGUCUCCAUCUUCCAGUGUGAGGACCUUGGUCAGGAACAUGGCUCUUUCUCUGGUACCGGUCUUUCCUCUGUCAACAUGGCUGUGCUCUUAGAGACCGAGUGCUGUGUGUAUCCCAGCUGCUGUGAGUGGGGCUGCUUUCUCAGUGUAGGGGAGGUCCACAGCUGGAGUGUGGGAACGUGAUGAAGUUUAGCCCUGCUGAACGGACUCAGUGUCACCAGAUGGAAGAGGCGUCUGUCUUCUGUCCCUUUAUUUCAUUCUCUUGCAAUGACACUGGAGCCUUGGCCAGUGUUGACGGGGCGGGGAGUGCGCAGAUGUGUGGGGGCCGCGCCUAGGCUCAGGCCUGGCGUUCAUUGGGCCUGGUUUUGCUCAGUGUGCUGCUACAUACACUGGAGUCAGUGCCUUGGGACCUGUGCGGCCACCAGGACGGUCGAGUGUUGUUCCACUCUCUAAGUUGUUUAUUUUGGCCUUUUUUGUCAAGAGUGUUACAAAUGUAUCCUUUUGUGUCUGUAGUCUGUCUUCAAGGUCCUUCCACAUUGGAGUUGUGAUUGGACAGUCAGGCCCCAGGCUGCUUCCCCUGCAGUCCUCAAGGUUACCCACUGGCCAGGCUUUCAUCCGAGGUCUGCCGGUGGGUUCUGGCCCCUGAGCCGGCCCCGCCACUCUUCUGUUGCAGGCCUCCUCGCUGGAGAGGCAGAGUCCUCACGCGGCCUCCUGCCUUGCACACAGCCUGUGCCCUCGGGAGCCCAGCUUGCAGACCACGGCAGUGGUAUCAAUGGGCUCUGCAGACCCUCAGUUCAACCUCGCCGAGCUCCUGUCCCAGAACUACAGCCUCCGAGAAGGCUGUGCCGAGGCCCUGCAGUGUCCUGACAAGCCGGAGGAGGAGGAGCUGGACAAGGACUUCAUUGCCCAGAGCAGCGACAUGCCCCUGGGUGAGCUCCUCGCAUUGUAUGGGUAUGAGUCGUCAGACCCCAUCUCUGAGCAGGAGAGCGAGGGUGGUGACACAGCCCCAACCCUCCCGGACAUGACCUUAGACAAGGAGCAGAUAGCCAAGGACUUGCUUUCGGGGGAAGAAGAGGAAGAGACACAGUCCUCUGCUGAUGACCUCACCCCAUCUGUCACCUCCCAUGAGGCCUCGGACCUCUUUCAUAACCAGAAUGGGUCCCGGUUCUUGGCUGGCGACAAUGGCCCAGGCUCCUCGGCCUCCUCUGACGCUGAGGAGGAUGCACUCCCUUCCAACAAGUGCAAGAAGGAGAUCAUGGUGGGGCCUCAGUUCCAAGCUGACCUCAACAUCCUGCACUUGAACCGACAUUGUGACAAGAUCUUUGAAAAUGAAGACCAGCUGCUGUGGAGCCCCAGCGUGCUCCCAGAGCGGGAGGUGGAGGAGUUCCUGUACAGGGCAGUGAAGCGGAGGUGGCAGGAGAUGGCUGGCCCGCAGAUUCCAGAGGGCGAGGUGGUGAAGGACAGUGAGCAGGCGCUGUAUGAGCUGGUCAAGUGUAAUUUCAACGUCGAGGAGGCCCUGCGCAGGCUGAGGUUCAACGUAAAGGUGAUCCGAGACGGGCUCUGCGCCUGGAGUGAGGAGGAGUGCAGGAACUUCGAGCAUGGCUUCCGAGUUCAUGGGAAGAACUUCCACUUGAUUCAGGCCAACAAGGGAACCAGGGCUCCUGUGCCGGAGGCUCGUUCCCAUCCUGCAUCUUGCUCGGCCCUGUCACUUUUGUGUCCUCAGUGGAGCUUGCUGGCUCAAUGCUCCUCACUGGAGAUAAGGACUGCCUGAGUCCCCUGUGGGAAGUGGCCCUGCUGUAGCCUUUACCCUGGGACCCAUUCACCCUGGGACCCAUUCACCCUGGGGUGUUGACGUCAUCUUCUGUGAGCGGUGGUGCAGGGCUGAGUUCUGGGCCUGGGGUGUCACAGGGAUGUUGCUUGGUGUGACUGCCUACAGCUCUGCCCUGAACUGUCAAACGAGGAGCGUGUCUCUAAUCCAGGGGCUUGCUACAGUCUGGUUGGCUCCUCCGCUGACAGACCGCACGCGCUGUUUAGGAAGCAGUGAGGCAUGAAGGGCCUGUAUAGCCUGGCCUCCGGCUGUGGCCUGCCCUCCAGAGGCAGCCUGUCCUCUCAGCAGGGCAGGAGCCCAGACACUGGGUCCUGCAAAAGUGCUGUGUCCUCGGCAGGUGUGGAUCUGUGAAUCAGAGGACAUCGGGUGGGAGGGCACACAUGGAUGUUGGGUGGACACUACUGGGGACAUAGAAGUGGGAGUGCGGCAGGUUUUAUUUGGCACAGCUGUGGAUUGCGGGUGCAUGGGCCUCCUGAGAGAAGCAGCUGAUGGCCCUGGAGUGAGUUCCAUCUGUACCUCAGCUUGCCAAAUGUCCCGUGGAUGCGGCCUGUCACUGCAUCUGUGUCUCGUCUGUCACUUCCCUGUCACUGCAUCUG